AUGAGGGCAUCCACUCAACUCUUCGCCGCCCUCGUGGCCGUCCAGUCCGCAGGACCAUCGGCUCACCUGCUUCGACUCUCAACCGCUCGCCCCAUGGCCUCCGUAGCCGGGAGGCACAGGCCAGCACUUGCCUCGGCGAUCUCAUCGACGAGUCACUCCCGCCGCGCUUCGAGAGGGUUUGCGACCUCUUCGAUGCGCAGCCAAGCCUCGGAUGCCGCUGCUGGCUCGACGUCAGCAGCCUUGGCGGCGGCAUCGACAACGACGACGACGACGGCGACAGCACUCGCGGAGGCUACGCCAUCCGAUGCGCUCGCUUCGACCUCGCAGUUUGGCUUCUCGUUCCUCGAGCCUUGGGCGCCCACGCUCCACUCGCUCGCCGACACGCUGCACAUCACGGGGCCCUACGCCCACGCCAUCUCGAUCUUUGCGCUCGCGUUUGCCGUCCGCACCGUCUUUACGCUGCCAAUGACCCUGUGGCAGCGCAGGCGGACGCAGCGUAUGACGGAGCUCGUUGUGCCCGAGUGGACGGCCUACAAGGCAUCCGCCCCCACCGUCGUCCGGGCGAGGUGCAGGAGGGCAGGAAAGUCGUACGAAGAGUUCCAGAAGGAGCUCCAGGCCGACCUCAAGGCAAAGAUCCGGGAUCUGCUGCGGCAGCACCGGUGCUCGCCGGUGCCCUCCUUUCUUGCGCCGCUGGCUGUGCACCUGCCCGUGUUCCUGAUGCUGUCGGCGCUGAUCCGUCAAUCUGCGAUGCUGCCCGGCUCCCCCUUUGCCGCCGAGGUGCUGCCGUGGUGGUCGCCUUCUCCCGAGAUGGCGGCACAGUUCAAGGCGUCGGCGUCGAUCCUGGCGGAUCGGGGCAUGGAGCCGGAGCUGAUCGCCAAGCUGCAGGGCACGCAGGGAGGGCCGACGCUGGCGGAUCGCGACAACACCAUGAUUGGGCCCGUGAGCCUGGGCAUGCUGACGAUGACCAACGUCGAACUCACCAGCUGGUCGAGGAGGGCGAUGGCCAAGCUCACCGCCCUCGGCGAUUCUACAAAGGCCGAGGCCAAGCCGCCUGGGCCGGCCUCUGAUGCGGCUGCGAGGGGACAGCCAACUAGCAGCGGCGUCAGCAGCAGCAGCAGCGAAGACGAGGAGCCGCGGCGGACGCGGAUCCUGACCAACGCAUUCCGCGUGCUCGCCAUCGCGUCGAUCCCGAUUGCCAGCCAGGCACCAGGUGCUCUGAUCAUCUACUGGCUGUCGUCGGGCACCUAUACGCUGGUGCAGAACUCGAUCUUUGCCCUUGUGGACCGGCGGCGCGAGGCCGGCAAGCUGGCGGCUGCCAAGCCCCGCGCAGCACGGUGA